AUCUUUGCCCCUCGCCUCUUGAUUGAUACGUUGAGUUCGACCAAGCAGCUGGCGACUCCUGUCCCUCCUUGACUCGUCGACAUUAUUGCCCCCGCUGGCCUCCAUCGUCCUCCUCCACCGUUUGUACCUGGCCUUGGGCAUACGCAUGCCUCGACACUCCCCAAUAUGACUUCCGAACCCUCUCCCGCGGACCCUGCUCCGCCUAUCCCCAGAGCCAUUGUUCAAGAGGCUGAAGCGGCAGCAGCUGCUGCUGCUGCUACCGCUGCACUGGAACAUGGAGGGGCCGUGGCCGAACAAAACGAACCUCCAUCUUCACCUGAUCAUGUCCGUCAUCAUGGCGGUGUCUCUCCUCAUCUGGAUGAAGUCCCUCCUCCUGCCUAUAAUGGCGGAGACUAUGGCAAGUUGGAUAUCAGUCAGAACGGUCUAGACACGGGGGCCCAGAUUGCAAGCGAUGGCAGAGUCAACAUCAAAAUCAACCAACGCAGCCGCAAGCUCUCCAAUAUUCUUCUGCCUGCUCUGCGAAGACAACUGGAGUUGCAGAAACGCGAAGCCGAACCCGAUAUCCCAGCGGGCCUGGGCGAGACCGAUGGCCUGCCUCCUCCUCCCAUGAACAUUGUAAUCCAGAUUGUGGGAAGCCGAGGUGAUGUUCAACCUUUCGUCGCCCUGGGCCAAGUCCUCAAGAACCGCUAUGGCCACCGAGUUCGUAUAGCGACCCAUCCUGUUUUUAAACAAUUUGUCACCGAGAAUGGCCUAGAAUUCUUCAGUAUUGGUGGUGAUCCCGCCGAACUUAUGGCAUUCAUGGUAAAAAACCCGGGGCUCAUGCCUGGUUUUGACUCUCUCAAGAGUGGUGACGUAGGAAAGCGAAGAAAGGGCAUCUACGAAUUGGUCACCGGCUGCUGGAGGUCUUGCAUCGAGGCCGGUGACGGGACUGGUGAACAAGUGUCUGACGACAAUUUUGACAGUCGAAGUUUCGACAGCACAGUCAACUUUGGUAUCGACCCGGCCCUGAAACCCUUUAUUGCCGACGCCAUCAUUGCAAAUCCUCCCAGUUUUGCCCAUGUCCACAUCGCGGAAAAGAUGGGAAUCCCCUUACAUCUGAUGUUCACAAUGCCAUGGUCUCCGACCCAAUCAUUCCCCCAUCCUCUUGCGAACAUCAUAUCCUCCAACACCGACCCAAACAUGGCCAACUUUGUCACCUAUGCUCUAGUUGAUAUGCUCACCUGGCAAGGACUAGGAGACGUGAUCAAUCGUUUCCGAGAGAGAAGCUUGAAUUUGGAGCCAAUCAGCAUCAUGUGGGCACCAGGAAUGACGAGCCGUCUACGCAUUCCCUGGACGUACUGUUGGUCUCCUGCUCUGAUUCCCAAACCAGCCGACUGGGGUCACUAUAUCGACAUCUCUGGCUUCUACUUCCUCAACCUGUCCACAAACUACACACCUGCUCAAGACCUCGCCGAUUUCCUGGCUGCAGGACCUCCACCAGUCUACAUAGGGUUUGGUUCUAUCGUGGUGGACGACCCCAACGCAAUGACGAAAAUGAUCUUUGACGCUGUCAAGAAGACUGGCCAACGGGCUCUUGUAUCUAAAGGCUGGGGAGGCCUUGGUGCCGAUGAACUUGGUAUUCCCAAAGACGUUUUUAUGCUUGGUAAUGUUCCUCACGACUGGCUUUUCCAGCACGUCUCUUGUGUCGUCCACCACGGUGGCGCAGGUACAACAGCUGCUGGUAUCCUGGCUGGGCGCCCGACCGUUGUCGUACCUUUUUUCGGUGAUCAACCAUUUUGGGGAUCCAUGACGGCUCGCGCAGGAGCUGGCCCUGUGCCAGUUGCCUACAAGCACUUAACGGCAGACAAACUAGCCGAAUCCAUUUUGGACGCUCUAAAGCCUCAAUCUCUCGAACGAGCCAAGGACCUCAGCAUCAAAAUCAAGGCCGAAGAUGGCACCGAGGCUGGUGCUCAGUCAUUCCAUAAUCAGCUCCACCUUUCCGACCUCCGCUGUUCUUUGCUCCCCAACAGAGUUGCUGUCUGGCGAGUGAAGAGGACAGAUAUUCGUUUAUCAACUCUUGCAGCAACUGUCUUGGGUACAGAGGGCCUCCUCGACUUUUCUGACCUGAAACUGUAUCGACCUCGAGAGUAUGAAACCGAAGACGGCCCAUGGGAGCCCAUCUCGGGUGGCGCUGCUGCUCUUAUGGGAACCAUCGGAAAUCUUUCCAUGGGGAUUGCCGACUUUCCGGUAGAAAUCUUGAAGUCUUUAAAAACAGCAACAAAUGAUUUGAAAGAAGUUCACGAAAAGCGGCAUUCGACCAGUGGAGCAUCUACUCCAAUUUCGAAGUCGAAUAAUGAAUCGACUCAAGACUUGACCGCUAAGGCUCCAUCCCCCGAGUCCACAGGUUUAACACCAAGCCCCACCAACGGCACCACCACGCCAUCUGCCCUCCAGCAUCGCCAGUCCGCACUAUCUUCAGUGUUGUCAUCAGAUGGUUCACCUCGACAACAGAGUCCACAUCGUCGUCAUUCGAGGCACAGCUCUCGGACGCGCAAUCGCACAGACUCACCAGCCCGCGAUGACAAUUGUCCGACCGAGGAAGUUGGCCAAAUCACGCUCGAAACGGCCAUCAGCGGGGCUAAAGCGGCCGGCAGGAUCGUGUCUGCUGGAGUCAAAUCCCCGAUGGACUUUACAUUGUCUCUCGCCAAAGGGUUCCACAAUGCCCCAAAACUAUACGGAGACGAAACCGUCAGAAAGACGGAAAAGAUCACCGGCUUGCAGUCUGGCUUGAAAGCGGCAGGCAAGGAGUUUGGAUAUGGAUUCUUUGAUGGGAUUACAGGCCUGGUGACCCAACCCAUCGCUGGAGCCAAGAAGGAAGGAGCGGCGGGCUUCAUCAAAGGAGCUGCGAAAGGCUUCGGAGGCUUGAUGCUGAAACCUGGUGCGGCUAUCUGGGGUCUUCCAGGAUACACGGCCAAGGGGAUCUACGCCGAAGUUGCCAAGCAUUUCGGAAAUUCGGUACAGAACUAUAUCAUCGCUGCUCGCACUGCCCAAGGAUUCGAAGAUUGGAAGGUCAGUACCCCGGAAGAACGCGCCCAGAUUGUCUCGGCUUGGAAGGACACGAAAUUGGAAACCCGGAAGGGAGGGAAGCUUUAUGGCAACGAACGAAAAGAGGCGAUUGAGAGUCAUAUCUUGACCCGAACACACACAGACUCGGUGGAGCUCGUGCACGGCUUCAAGAGCACUCGGCACCUCACCUGGGAUGAGCGUAAGGCCCUAGCAGAGAGAAAAGAUAUACUGAAGAAAGAAGCAAAGGAGUUGGACCGUCGGGAAAAAGAAAUUCGGCGUGCUGAGAAAAAGGGCGGGAAAAUCAAGAGUCGUUGCAAGUUUUGCCCGUUCGAUCAUGACUCUGGAUAUCAUCUCCGGCAGACGACAUCGACACCGUCCUUGGGUACGUUUUUGACCAAUUCCAGCCAAGACACGUUGGUGGAUUACGAAGAAGCAAUCCAGAAAUCGGUUACGGCAACCAGCAAGGGCAACCCGCACGAAGAUGCGGUGAUUGAACGAGCUCUCAGGGCAAGUUUGCUGGAGUUGCAGGCCGUGCAGAAAGACGACGACCAUCACUCGGACAAAGCCUAUCAGUCCGCGAUCAAAGCGAGCCUGUCUGAAUACAAGAAAGCACACGAAGAGCACGGGCAGAAGACGGGGGUAGUGAGAACCGUGCCAGAGGACCACGAAGAGGAACUUGAACGCGUCCUAACGAAGUCCCUACAGGACUACAAGAAGGCCACGGCAGGCGUGGACCGUGACCAUUUCCACGACGAUGAGGAUUCGGGCGUCGAUACCGACCAUGAUGAGCAUUUCAAGCGAGUGAUUGAGGAGAGCAAGAGGUUGCACACGGAGAACGAGAUGAAGAAGCAAGAGCUUCUGCAAAGAGAGGCCCAAGUGGAGAGCAACGGGACCGACUCUGCAGCUGCCGCUCAGGUGCCAGCGACUGGCUCCUCCGACAUUACUGCGGACGACGCGAAUGACGAGGACCUUCAACGUGCUAUCACCGCGUCCGUGCAAGAAGAGAAGCAACAACAAGAAAUAUUGUCUCGACAAAAGACUGAGGAAGAAGUCGUGCUCGAGUACGUCAAGAAACAAAGCCUGUUGGAGGAAGAAUUGAGGAAGCAGAAGGAAACCAGAGAAGCUCCUUCAGCGUCCACAUGA